UUGAGCCUACAGUGACUGUGUAUCCUAUGAAGACCCAGCCAUUGCAGCAUCACAACCUCCUGGUCUGCUCUGUGGAUGGUUUCUAUCCAGGCAACAUUGAAGUCAGGUGGUUCCGGAAUGGCCAGAAAGAGGAAACUGGGGUGGUCUCCACAGGCCUGAUUCAGAAUGGAGACUGGACCUUCCAGACCCUGGUGAUGCUUGAAACGGUUCCUCAGAGUGGAGAGGUUUACACCUGCCAAGUGACGCACACGAGCCGGAUGAGCCCUAUCACGGUGGAAUGGAGGGCACAGUCUGAAUCUGCACAGAGCAGGAUGCUGAGUGGAAUUGGGGGCUUUGUGCUGGGCCUACUGUUCCUUGGGGUGGGGCUAUUCAUCUACUUCAGGAAUCAGAAAGGUAAGGAACCUGUUGGUAACUGA